UCGAACAGAUAGAGUGAAUCAACAUUCAGCUGAGAUGAUGGGAAUGCCUUCAGCCUUUCUUGGACUUCUGCUUCUCCAUGGGAUGUUCCUUGUCUUGGCUCAAGCCACCGUCCAUUACCAUGACUUUAUUCUGAAGGAGACCAACUUUACGAGGUUGUGCAGCAGCAAGAGCUUGUUGGUCGUAAAUGGAAGCCUUCCAGGACCAGUGAUUCGGGUAACAAAAGGGGAUACUGUGUACGUAAAUGUCCAUAAUCAAGGAGACUCUGGUGUAACUAUUCAUUGGCACGGAGUGCAUCAGCCAAGGAAUCCAUGGUCGGAUGGGCCAGAGUUCAUCACGCAGUGCCCAAUAGCGGCAGGAUCUAACUUUACUUACGAGAUCAGUUUUUCCGAUGAGGAAGGAACUCUCUGGUGGCAUGCCCAUAGUGAUUGGACACGAGCUGGUGUCCAUGGUGCCAUUGUUGUUAUGCCCAAUAAGGAAACUGGUUUUCCCUUUCCCCAGCCCGAUGGAGAAGAGAUUCUCGUUCUUGGAUCUUGGUAUAAGGGUGACGUGAACGAGGAAGUUGCUGAGGACCUGGAAGACGGCGGCGACACUCCUCGCUCAGAUUCUUACAUCAUCAAUGGCCAACCGGGAGAUUUCUUGCCUUGCUCUAAAGAAAGUACAUACCGUUGGCAAGUAGAUUAUGGGAAGACCUAUCUUCUUCGUUUAGUGAAUGCAGCCAUGAACGCAGAGCUGUAUUUUGCGAUUGCCGAACACAACCUCACCGUGGUCGGAAUGGAUGGAUCGUACGUCAAAGCCGUGGUCACCAGUUCUCUAAUGAUAACUCCGGGACAAACAAUGGACAUUUUGGUCACAGCAAACCAGUCUCCUCACGAUCGCUAUUACGUGGGAGCCAGACAGUACGACACUGCUCGGGCGGAUGUCACAGACUACGACCAAACAAAUGCCACAGCAAUUCUUGAAUACACCGGCGGCAGCUAUGAUCCCGCCAUAAGUCCAAUUUUUCCCACCAACCUUCCGUCAUACGAGGAAUUCGGCCCUGCAUUGAACUUCACGAGCCGUCUCCGGAGCUUAGCCGACCAAGACCACCCGGUAAAUGUCCCCAAAAACAUAACCACCAGAAUGUAUAUAACAGUUUCUAUGAACAACGCUGUUUUCGAGUACGACGGAGCUACCGAAACAACUCUUGCUGCCAGCUUAAACAACGUCAGUUGGCUUAACCCCCCCACAGAUGUACUGCUUGCCUACUACAGGAACAUAAGUGGGAUUUACACGACAGAUUUUCCGAACUAUCCACCAGAUUUUUUCAACUUCACAGCAGAUACUGCACCAGAUUAUACGACAGACACAGUCCAAGGGACCAAGCUGAAGGUUCUUGAGUAUAAUGAAGAGGUGGAGAUAGUUUUUCAGGGUACCACUGUGUAUGAUGCAUCGGAGGAUCAUCCAAUGCACCUCCAUGGCUAUACCUUCUAUGUAGUCGGGACGGGUUUGGGGAACUUCGAUAAUGAGACUGGCCCACUAGGCUACAAUUUGGUUGAUCCUCCUAAGAUGAACACCGUUUCUCUGCCUAAGAAAGGAUGGGUUGCCAUUAGAUUCAAAGCAAGUAAUCCUGGAGUGUGGCUAUGGCACUGUCAUUUGGAUCGACAUCUAAGCUGGGGUAUGGACACUGUUCUUAUAGUGAAAAAUGGGAACACCCCCGAGACAAGCAUCAGAGAGCCCCCUCCUUACAUGCCUCCAUGUACGGCCGAUUCAUCAACCAUUAGGCUCCGACAUGCUGGCAAAUCAAAUAAAAAUAAAGUAGACAUGAUUAAUUAGGUAGUUGGAUAGCGAUAUGUUUUAUUUAUAAAGAUCGUAGUUUUAUUGUAAUGAGUUGAAUAACUUAUCAUCAUAAUUACUAUUAGAGCAAGAUUUA